CAGGAGCACUCAAGACGCGCGUGGGGAAAUUCGAGAUCGAGUACUCCAAGCCACCACGACCUCAUUGUCGCCAUACGAGACCCGAUUUCCUUCCAAGUGCUUCUCCGCCAUGCGCCAGGUCUGCUUGAGACCCCAAGACCCGACUUAACAAUUCCCGCAUAGCCUCUGCAUUUGCGACACGCACCUGCCGCCCAUCCAUUGACACGGUGCUGCCUUCGCACAAUUGAACCUUGUUUUUCUCGCGCGCCCACCUCUUCGCGUUUGCGAAUAUCCUCGCCUGAAGAACACCAUCCGCCGGCAUCUAGACCCAAGUGUCGUCGCGUACUGCGCGAUAACCGGUUGACAAAAUGGGAAAGCUCAUUCGCCUAGAGCUCUUCAACUUCAAGUCGUAUAAGGGCCACCACACUCUCUUGUUCGGCGAUUCCUACUUCACUUCUAUUAUCGGCCCCAAUGGAUCUGGCAAGUCGAACUCCAUGGACGCGAUCUCCUUCGUACUUGGCAUCAAGUCGUCACACCUCCGAUCAGCCCACUUAAAAGACCUUGUGUACCGCGGUCGCGUACUCAAAACCUCCAAGAUCCAAGAUGACGGUUCUGCUCAACCAAAUGGCCAGUCGAACGGCCAUGGGAACGGUGACGGAGAUGAAUUGUCGCAAAAGGCUUCGCGGGGCGAUCCCAAGACCGCAUGGGUCAUGGCUGUCUACGAAGACGAUGCGGGCGAUGAGCAAAAGUGGAAGCGCUCCAUCACAAACCAGGGAUCCAGCGAGUAUAGGAUCAAUGAUCGCGUUGUAACCGCUCAGCAGUACAAUGAAGCGCUCGAGUCGGAAAACAUCCUGAUCAAGGCUAGGAACUUCCUCGUAUUCCAAGGAGACGUCGAAGCCAUUGCUGCACAAUCACCCCAAGACCUCACAAGGUUGAUCGAACAAAUCUCCGGAAGUCUGGACUACAAGGCCGAAUACGAAAGAUUACAGACCGAAGCCGAGCAAGCCGCCGAAAACCAGAGCUUUCAGCUUCACCGGAGGCGUGGUAUCAACUCUGAAAUCAAGCAGUAUCAGGAACAGAAGAAAGAAGCCGACAACUUCCAAAGAAAAACGGAGGAGAGGGACGAAGCUAUCGUCAAGAAUGCCCUGUGGAAACUGUACCACUUUCAGCGCGGCAUGGAUGAGUCUACUGAGCAAAUUCAUGACCACCAACAGAACCUGCAGGAGUUUCAGCGCAACGUUGAGUCCUUCAAAAGAAAGCUCGAGGCCGCCCAAAAGGAGCAGCAGGCAGCGGCCAAGGAGGUUCACGGUGUGGAAAAGGCCAUCAAUACCAAGAAGCGGGAAUUCGACGAGCUUGAGCACAAGCUUAUUCCCAUCGACGCCAAGAUCGAAGAAAAGACACGCAAUAUCGAGCAAUGCCGCGCACGAAUGGAGCCUGUCCGCAAAGAGCGUGACAAGCAGGCUGAGGUGAUCAAAGAGGACGAGGGUCGGCUCAAAACCACUGAGAAAGCCCAGAAGCAUUUUGAGACACAGCUAAAGGAACGUAUGAAGAAGCUCGGUAAGGAGCUCAACGAGGACGACCGCAAGGAGUACAACACUCUUCGCUCCCAGGUUGUACAGAAGUGCGCCGGCAACCAAGCAAGACUCGACAAUCUGAUUCGCCAACAGAAGACCGACGAGGUCACUGUGAAUACGCUCAAAGGCAAGGUCGACACCCUCUCAGCCGCUCUGGAGAAGUACGAAGGGGAGCUGGAGACUCUCGGUGAACGGAAGGCGUCAACCGAAGGCAACAUUAAGGCAUUGUCUCAGGAGAUCGACACCAAGAAGAAGCAAUACCACCAAAUCCAGUCGGAGCGUGUAAGGACCAGCCAAAGGCGAACGGAGUUGGAAGAAAAACUUGAAAACGUGGCUAAGCAACUGCGCGAGGCAGACGAUGGCCGUCGACAGAACGACCGAGAAGCUAGGAUGAAGGAGAUGGUCAACAACCUGAAGCGGCUCUACCCGGGUGUCAAGGGCAGAGUCGGCGACCUAUGCAAGCCCAAGCAGAAGAAGUACGACGAAGCUGUCAGCAUCGCUCUGGGCCGAGACUACGAGUCAGUUAUUGUUGAUACGGAAAAGACGGGCCACGAAUGUGUCCAGUACCUUAAGGACCAACGCUUCCCGCCAAUGACCUUCAUUCCUCUGGACAACAUCAAAGUCAACGCUGUAAACGGGGCUAUCAAAGGCAUCUCGGGAGCCAGGCUCACCAUUGACACUAUUGAUUUCGAUGCUGCGUACGAGCGCGCUAUGGCUUACGCUUGCGGGAGCUCAGUCGUGUGCGACAAUGAGCAGGUUGCAAAACUCAUCUCGUAUGAAAGGCGCAUUCCUGUGAAGACAGUCACUUUGGAUGGGCUAGUCAUCCACAAAACUGGUAUGAUGACUGGCGGCCGUGGUCCAGAGCCCAAGGGCGGAAAGCGGCGUUUCGAGAGCACCGACUUGGAUUCGUUGAAGAAUUUAGCGACCAAGUACAAGGAGGAAAUCGAGAAGCUUCCCAAGUCUGGUCGUCGCAGCACCGCCGAAGAAUCUCUCCAGAUCGAAAUUCACGGGCUUGAGCCUCGCCUGGCGAACGCGAAGGCUGAAUUGGCACACCUGAAUAAGAACUAUGACAGCAAGAAGAGAGAGAGAGAUAACGAGGAGAGACAACUUGACGAGCUCGUGCCCAAAUACGAAGAAAAGACAGCGGAGCUCGAAGCAACGAAGCGGACUGUCAAGGAGUUCUCUGACGCUAUCGCGAAGGUGGAAGAUGAAGUUUUUUCCGGCUUCUGCGGCAGGCUUGGCUUCAGCGACGUUCGUGCGUACGAGACAGAGCAUAGAGACAUGCAACGAGAGGCCGACGAGGAGCGUGCCAAGUUCGAGGUGCAGAAGUCCCGAUUCCAGAGUCAACUUACCUUGGCACGGGACAUGCACAGCAACCUAGAGAAACGACUCAGGAAGCUGCAGGAAGCUCUCAAAGCUGCCGAACGCGACUUGCAGACCUACCAGCAGGAGAAGUCAGACAUCGAAGAUGCCACGCACGAAGUCUCUGACGAACUGGACGCGCUCAGCGAGACGCUUGAGGAGUACCGCGGCAAAUUGGCGGAGAAAAACCACAAGGUUUCCCAGGCUAAGGCUGAGGUCCACAAACGUAGCAAGGAGAUUGAUGCCAGGCAAAAGGAGAUAAAUGCCCUGGAGACUGUGGUGCAGAAGAACAGUGCGGGCAAGUUCGCAUUGCUUAGGCGAUGCAAGCUUGACCAGAUUCAGAUUCCCUUACUCGAGGGCUCGCUUGACAACCUGCCGAACGAGGACAACAUGCUGCGGCAAGACGCCGACGCCAUGGAUGUUGACGAGGAAGUGGACGACGAGGAGAUGAUGACCGCUGCUCUUGAGAAUUACGGGAUCGAGGUUGAUUACGAGGGUCUGGAUGAAGAGAUGAAAAACUCCAACGAUGCCAGUGUCGAGGAGAAGUUGCAGGACAAGAUUGCAUCACUGACCUCGGAACUCGAGAAGCUCAACCCCAACAUGAGGGCGAUCGAGAGACUGGAGAGCGUUGAGUCGAGGUUGAAGAACACGGAAAAGGAAUUCGAGGACUCCAGAGCGGCUCUUAAGGCGGCCCGCGAUGCGUUCAACAACGUUAAGGCUCAGCGGUAUGAGCUAUUCAACAAGGCCUUCACGCACAUCCAGGAACAGAUUUCGCAUGUUUACAAGGAUCUUACGCGAUCGGAAGCCUAUCCCCUGGGCGGCCAAGCGUAUCUCGACAUCGAGGAGGAUACGGACACUCCCUAUCUUUCGGGUAUAAAAUAUCACGCCAUGCCACCCCUGAAGCGAUUCAGGGACAUGGAGCACCUUUCCGGAGGUGAGAAGACGAUGGCUGCGCUGGCUCUACUGUUCGCCAUCCACAGCUACCAGCCUAGCCCGUUCUUUGUGCUGGACGAGGUCGACGCUGCAUUGGACAAUGCCAAUGUCGACAAGAUCAAGAAGUACAUUCGUGAGCAUGCUGGCCCUGGUAUGCAGUUCAUCGUCAUCAGUCUCAAAACUGGCUUGUUUCAAGACAGUGAGAGUUUGGUCGGGGUGUACCGCGACCAAGAAGUCAAUAGUUCCAGAGCACUCACCCUCGAUCUCCGGAAGUAUGCGUAAUGCAAGAAGACGAGGACAAUCAGGUGGGCGUAUGUAAGAGAUAAUGCAGACUCGGCUUUGCUGGGUGAAAGGGCGGGGAUAGAGAGACGAGUCACGAAACGUCGUGGUCGUUUUGGUAGUCAUGACUUCGGUGAAGGGGGUGCGAUGCGUCGGGACUUGCUUCACAUCGGGUGGUAUAUCGGCUUUCCCAAGAUGGCUCAAGCGCAGCGUUGCGGUCUCGCCGUGUUCCGGCAAGGCUGCGAGUGGAGUUUGGAAUGCAAUGCAGCUAGUGGAUUCUUGAACUCAUAUUUAUUGACGAUUCUUCUACUCAAACCUUA